AGUUCGGUCGAUUUUCGUCUCGCGUGAAUUUAUUGUGAAUUGGUUAGGAAAUGAUUGUGCGGUCGGUUCUGCACCGGAGUCGGCUCCUCCGGUGGCCACUUCCCGUGGCCGCGCGACACUACACUGAGGGAAACAUUCUGAAGCUGCAGGAUCGGGGAUUCUUCCAGGACGUCUUUCCGGCCGAGGCAAUCGACAAAGCCCGCACCACGCUGGGCGCCGCCCCGCAAACCGUUUACGCCGGGUUUGAUCCGACGGCGGACAGCUUGCACGUGGGCAAUCUGCUGGUCAUCAUCGGCCUUCUGCACAGCCAACGGGCCGGCCAUCAACCGAUUGCGCUGCUCGGUGGCGCCACCGGCCAGAUCGGAGACCCCAGCGGGCGCAAGACGGAACGUCAGGCCAUGUUGCUGGACACGGUGAACCGGAACCUGCGCUGCAUCGGGGAACAGAUCGAGCGGAUAUUCGAGAACCAUCGCGGGUUGAUGUGGGAAAAGCGUGGCCAUGGAGGGGCGUUGAAGCCGGUUCUGGUGGUCAACAAUGCCGAUUGGUACCGGGAGUUGAACUUUGUGGAGUUUGUGUCGCGCGUUGGCCGUCACUUCCGGAUGGGAUCGAUGCUGUCGAGGGCGUCCGUGCAAAGUCGACUUCAGCAGGACGCGGGAAUGAGCUUCACCGAGUUUACGUAUCAGAUCUUCCAGGCGUACGACUGGUGCCAUCUGCUACAGAAACACAACUGCCGGUUCCAGCUGGGCGGAAGUGAUCAGAUGGGCAACAUCAUGUCCGGCCACGAACUGAUCUCACGCGUGGAACCCGGAAAGGAUGUCUACGGAAUAACCCUGCCACUAAUAACCAACGAAGAAGGUGACAAAUUCGGAAAAUCAGCCGGAAAUGCCGUCUGGCUCGGCGCAGAAAAAACUUCCCCGUACGGCCUCUACCAGUUCUUCCGGCGAACGCCGGACUCGGAAGUGGAGAAACUGCUCCGCCUCCUGACCUUCCUUCCCCUGGACGAAAUCCGAAGCGUGAUGGCCCGGCACCAGCGAACUCCGGAACUAUGGGAAGCCCAGAAACGACUCGCCCAGGAACUGACCCUGCUCGUUCACGGCGAGGAAGGUCUCCGCAAAGCGGAGAACAUUAGCGAUGCGCUGUUCAGCGGGAACGUCCAGGCGCUGGGAGAGCUGGAAGUGCGCGACAUCAAGCAGACCUUCGGCGGCGCUCCGCUGGUGGAGAUUCUGCCCGAGCCGGGCCUGUCCGUGCUGGACGUGGCCAUGAAGGCCAAGUGCUUCCGGAAUGAGCAGGAUGCCACCCGGAUCAUCGCCGCCGGAGGUUUCUCGAUCAACCUGAACAAGGCCAAGAACGUGGCGGAAGUGCUGGCGCCGGGCGUUCACAUCCUGAAGAAUGGCAUCUCGUUGCUGCGGGUUGGCAAGCGGAACUACUACAUCGUCAAGUGGUUGGCGUAAAAAAAAUGGAAUAAAUAGUGUUGGAAAUUUAAAUGAU